AUGGAUGGCUAUGAUCCUCUCGCAAUGCCUUACUUGCACAGUCCAAUGCCCUUUGGGGGCGGCAAUAUGCAAAAUCUCGACUACAUGAGUGUCCCGUCGGUGAUGGACUUGCAAGAUCAAUACUCCAACUUCGACUCGGAGCCGUAUAUGAGUGGCGACGAGCUCAAUUUCGCACCCUCGAGUAACCUGCAGCACCCUGCAAUGCUGAAGCGGUACUCGUCUAACUUCGAAGAUCCCUUCGCCGAAAGCACGAUGUCUCAGUUUGAGCGAGUGCCCACCGAAGGAUUGCCCGAGAGUCCCUCGAUUGAUCGCGACAGUAAAUAUCUCAGCUUCUCGAUGCCGUCGUACAACUUCACACUCCUGGACGACUCAUUCCGACGGUCGUCGGUUAACAUCAAUGCCCAGCUGCACGGCAUGUUCUUCUUAGCCGAGUCUCAAUGGCCAGCCACGGCCGACACUCCUCCUCCUCCUCCGGAACUGACGUGUUAUCGGCGCAAUUUGUUCCAAAUCACCGGCUCGGUGACGCUUCCCCGAAAUCUAAGAUAUGUCUUCACCGAUGAUGGGUCGAGAAUUCCCAUUUACGAGCUGGAACUGGCCGUGUCAGCUACCGAAUCUGUCGAGGGAAACUCGGUCAAGAUUAUCUCAGUGCCGUGGAAGACGCCAGCCUCGGGAGAAGCGCCCAAGCCAGAGGAUAAGAUAGAGAAAGAGCCUCCGACGAUUCCUUUGGACAAGAUGACGGGACAAGAUCUGGACACAGACUUUACGACCUUCCCCAUUCAGUGGAAAAGAUUGCAAUUCCGGAUAGCAACUGCCAAUAAUGGUCGACGGAAAGAGCUGCAACAACAUUUCACGCUCCACUUGAAGAUCAUGGCAUCGUUAUCGACAGGCGGCAAGAUCUCCAUUGCCGAAGCUCACUCAGGAGCGGUCAUUGUCCGAGGCCGGAGCCCUCGCAACUUCGCAGCACGGAAGGACUUGCCUCUCAGCAGCAGUUCGACAACGCGUAAACAUCUGCCGGCUGCAUCUCGAGUUACGAACAGCCAAACGUCAGUUCCCCAGGUCACUUCGGCCCCCAAAAUCAAGACCCCCACCGAGGAGACACCACAGAUGACCGGCUACGACAGUAUUGACAUCAAGCCCACAGAUAUCGACGGUGCCAACUGGGUGUCCCAAGGCGUACAAGACUCUCUUGCAACUCCCUACUCAACAGCUAUCAAUCCCCCGGUCCCGGCAUUUCCAGAAGGCAGCGCUGACCUGGGAACGCCGGGCACUUUCCCCUUUACGUUCCCUCAAGAGAUGGCGCCAGGGAGCCGGCCGAUGAGCUUGCAUUUUGGCAGUGACGAUGAGGGAGGUAGUCCUCAUCCGCCGCCACAGGGAUCACGACAUUCAUCUCGACCUCCCACUUCAAACCCUUCCCCUUCUCUUGUUAACAAAGGCCCGUCAGGGACGUAUACGAGCAAUCCUGGUACGUCGCCUGGGCAACUAGCCAACCAAGCGGGUUCUCGACCUAGACUACAUUCUCACCAGGUCUCCAUGACCAGUGUUCCGAGCUCGAUACCUACAAUGAACGGACAAGGGUCGAUGCCGCCAGGGUCUCAUAGACCCGAGCUGCUGGCGACCAAGUCAGGCUUACCAUACAAUGCUGAGGGCGAGAGUGCGGAUCAACUCUACGAAUACUUCCCAUUAGGGCUGGAUGACUGGAUGCCACCCGUGGAUGCAGUGUUCCGACCACAUGUAGUGCACCACAGCGGACCUUUACCCCCUGACCCACGAUCCCCUGGCAGACAUACCAGCAAACGCUACUUUUCCGAGGUGGUGUAA